AGCACGCCUCUCCGUUUGGGCUUCCCCCUUGCCGCAGAGCUAGCCAAACCCCGGACUGACUUGCUUGCCGUCCUAAGGGAAAAAGCAAAGGGGCUUUGCCAAAUGGAGAAGCUGAUGGCCAGGCUGGUCACGCACCCGCCGCCUGCAAGUGUGCAAAGCAGUCGUGCUCCUGCCCGGAACACAGGUGUGAUGAGGCCACACUGCCUACAGCAACUGCUUUCAUGGUAAGCAGUGGGGUUCGGCACUGGCACCCUGGGCCUGGGCCUGGGCCCUCCUCCCGCAGCAUGGCCGAGAAGCUGGGCCCCGCCGCUGAAUGCCCGGUCUGCUUGAACGCUUUUGACAACACCUUCCGCACGCCCAAGCUGCUCCACUGCCGCCAUUCCUUCUGCAUCGAGUGCCUGGCCCACCUGAGCCUGGUGUCUCCAGCCCAGAACCACCUGCAGUGCCCGCUCUGCCGACAGCCCACCGUGCUGCCGCCCGAGCAGGCGGUCACUGAACUGCCCACCGACGUGGCUGUCCUGCGGCUGCUGCGCCUGGAGCCCAACCACAUCAUCCUGGAGGGACGCCAACUGUGCCUCAAGGAGCAACGGAAGAGUCGGUACUGCCUGCGACAGCCUCGGAUCUACACCUUGGACCUUGGCAGGGAGACGGAAUCCAGCAGCGGAAGCCACCACCAGCCAGCCGGGGCAGCUCCCACCCCGCUCCCGCGCCGCAAUCCAUUGCGGGAGUGUGCCCGCAAUGCACAACUGCGGAUUUUCGCCUACCUGACGGCCGUCAUCUUAGUUGUGACUUUGCUCCUCAUCAUCUCCAUCUUCUGGACCAAGCAAUUCUUUGGUGGCUCGGGAGGCUGAAGGCUGGGACACUGGGGUUUUAAACGUAGGCUUUUAAAACCAGGGAUGCGGACAAGAUGGAAGCAGCGGCCACCUGCAUUUUGUGAGGGCAGAUCUCUGCUUCUGAACUUUUGGCUAACUGAAGCCGAG